UAAUAAACGUAUGUAAGCGCAGGAUUUAAAGAGACUGCAGCGGUUUGUAAACUGCAGAACCUCGGAGACUGCCUGAGCAAAUAUGGCAAAACUGGAAAAAGAGAACAUGGACAUAGCGAUGGAAGAUGGAAAGAGUUCUGCCCCCAGGAAGAGGGUCAAGACAUUCUGCGGCUCCAACUACCCCAUCAGCAUUGCCUUCAUUGUCGUUAAUGAGUUCUGCGAGCGUUUCUCCUACUAUGGCAUGAAAGCUGUGCUGGUGCUGUACUUCCGUUAUUUCCUGCACUGGAAUAACAACACAGCCACGUCUGUCUACCAUGCCUUCAGCGGACUCUGCUACUUCACACCCGUACUCGGGGCCAUCAUUGCUGAUUCCUGGUUGGGGAAAUUUAAAACCAUCAUCUAUCUGUCCAUAGUCUACGUGCUGGGCCAUGUCGUGAAGUCCAUUGGUGCUCUACCUGAUGUCGGAGGGCACACUGUUCAUGUGGUCUUGGCAAUGGUCGGGCUAGGACUCAUUGCUCUGGGCACCGGAGGCAUCAAACCCUGCGUGGCAGCUUUUGGUGGUGAUCAGUUCCAACCAGGCAUGGAUCAUGAGAGAGGAAAGUUUUUCUCCAUUUUCUAUUUGUCCAUCAAUGCUGGCAGCCUCAUUUCAACCUUUGUCACUCCUAUACUGCGAGACGAUGUGCAGUGUUUUGGAGCGGACUGCUAUGCUCUGGCAUUUGGCGUACCUGCCAUUCUCAUGGUGGUUGCUCUUGUUGUCUUUAUUGGGGGGAGCAGCACAUACACAAAGAAUCCACCAGAGGGGAAUGUAUUGGUCAACGUGAGCAACUGCAUUGGGUUUGCAAUCAAGAAUCGCUGGAAUCACCGGGGCAAGCAGUUUCCCAAGCGAGACCACUGGUUGGACUGGGCAAAAGGAAACUACGAUGAGGAUCUUAUCAUGGAAGUCAAGAUGGUACUCAGGGUCCUUUUCUUAUACAUCCCGCUGCCAAUGUUCUGGGCCCUUUUUGAUCAGCAGGGUUCAAGAUGGACUCUGCAAGCAACAACCAUGACUGGAGACUUUGGUGCCUUUGUUCUGAAGCCUGAUCAAAUGCAGACAAUAAAUCCCAUCCUAAUUCUUGUGCUCAUCCCAAUCUUUGACGUUGCGAUUUAUCCACUCAUCAAGAAGUGUGGCAUCAACUUUAGUCCGCUUCGCAGGAUGGCAGUGGGUAUGAUCCUGGCAGCUCUUGCGUUUGUUGCAGCAGCACUGGUGCAAUUGGAAAUUGAUAAAACACUGCCCGAUUUCCCAUCAUCGGGAGAAUUCAGCUUGAGAGUCAUCAACGCCGGAGCUCAUCCACUGAACAUCCAGUUUGAGAAUUAUGAGUUUGACGUGGCGAAUAUGUCGGCUUCUGUGCACAAAUCGUUCAAUAUUGUGGCGAGAAAACCGUUUGAAAUAGUGGCAUUUCGAGAUGGCACAAAGUUCACCUGUCCCUUUAAUGCUGAAGAGAGGGAGUCAAUGACUGUGAUAUUUUAUGAAAUCCCAGAUGAGCUACGCCUUCAAUGUAAACAGGAAAAUGAUUUAGUCUCAAAACCUGAAGAAGGCAUGGCAGCAGUGAGAUUUGUUGGUGGGAACAGUGAAAUUAAAACUGUUGAUAUUGGAACUUACAGUACAGUUAAUGUGAGUGGAGACUAUAAUUUUACAGACUACCAGCUGGUAUUUCGUGGAAAAUAUAAAAUCAUGUCGGAAAAAAAUGAUUUAGGAGAGGUUUUUUUGGAUUUCGGGGCUGCCUACACAAUCCUUUUGAAACCGGAUGAAUUCGGUAUCCUAAAGAUACAGGAUUUGCCAGAAAACUCCAUAAACUUAGCUUGGCAGGUUCCCCAGUAUUUCCUGCUCACAGCUGCAGAAGUAAUGUUUUCAGUUACUGGGCUGGAGUUUUCAUACUCUCAGGCACCGACCAGCAUGAAGUCGGUGCUGCAGGCAGGUUGGCUUCUCACAGUGGCGUUUGGAAACGUCAUUGUACUGAUUGUGGCUGAGGGUGCAAAUAUGGAGCAGUGGGUGGAGUUCAUCCUGUUUGCCUGCCUGCUGUUUGCGGUGUUCAUCAUAUUCUCAAUAAUGGCGUACUUCUACGUGUACGUGGACCCAAGCAACCUCAAAAACAAAGAAAAGGAAGAAAAGGGAAGCAUCAUUUCUCUGGACGACUUCAAGCCAAUCGCUGCUGAAACUGACAAACAGACCAAGUUGUAACCCAUGCAAAGGAACACUACUUUGCAAAGAAACACAUGUCUGUGUAGCAGCAUAAAAAGGGGCUCAUCAAUGGCAUCAGUACAUUUCAAUGAUAUGUUUUGUAUUGUAUUAAAUACAAAUUGAGUGGACAGCACUUUUUACCUGAUGGUGAUCAUUUAACUAUCGUGCUUUCGAAUUUUGUACAUUAUUGAAGAUGAUCAAGCAAAAAUACUCCACUGUAAAAUAAAAUCAAAUAGACAAAAUGUAAAAUAACAGACUGUCCUGUACACUCAAAUGUAGGAAUAAAACAGCAUUUAUUCAGCAUUAUCAUUCCGAUUAUAGUAUACUGUACUUUUGAUAGUACUGCAAUUUAAAAUGCAUACACAUGGUGAUUUAAAAGAACAAUAUAGAUAAUACUAUAGAUUGCAUAUUAAUUAAAAAAUUGGUAAACAACACUUUUAAAUCGUACGUUAAGAUUAUUUUGAUUAAACGUUUUAUUUUUUCCAUGUUUUGAAAAUGUAAAAUUAUUCAACUCAAUGUUAAGUACAUCUGACGUCUGUUUAGAUGUUUAAAAUUGUAUGUUUUGUAACGGAAAUAUAAAUAAAUCAAUUUGAAAUGUG